UUUACAUGUCUCUAAGUGAUUGGUUAUUUCUUUUACAUUCGUUUAUUAUAAAAGCAUAGGACGACAUUGUUAGGUAUCAGUUCUGAACUAGUUCUUACUGAAAAAAUGCGCUUGUUUGCGAUUGUCUUGCUGUGUAUCGUGGUCGCUGCCUUUGGCCAAGAAGUGCCACCAGAAACCUUAACGGAUGACGAAGGCAAUGUGUUCAUCGUUAAGGUGGAUCGAGAAAGUAUGCAGCUGCUCAACAGCACCGGCAGCCUGGUAUCGACGGUUCUCAACUCAAAUGGUUGGGUUGUCGUGAUCUCCUCUGACAAGCGAGAAUGCAUAAUCUCGGAUGCCAGUGUCUGCCCCGGUCGCUGUUUCAAGCUUGUUCCGUUUCCGAAAGGCGUUCCUGCCGAGGUGCUGGCGUUCUGCAAUGGGUUACCUAUUAUGCAGCAGGUGACAGUGCCAUGCCCUGAGGACACGGUAACCACCGUUGCUCCUGUAGUAACAGGCUCAGAAGAUGCCGCUGCAUUAAAAAGCUCAGAUCAGCUCUUGCCCGUCUGGCCCGCGUGGCCCAAAUGGUCAUGCUGUUGCCGUUGGAGACGCAUCGGGUGGUGGCCCUGCUUGAAACCCGUGUGCCUCGCCUACAACAGCCUUCGUAUCUGCGUGAACUGGGGUUGUGCCCAAUGGCAUUGGCACUGGCACUGGAUUCAAGACUGCGUGUGUGGCUACGAAUGGCCAUUCUUUCCAUGGAAGGGUUAAUAUUGAUGUCACAUGAGAGAAUGUGGCGCUAAAAUGUUCCAUAUUCCGAACAAAUCCAAUAGAAAACAAAUAACAAGUUUAAGCAACGCAACGUGCAUUUGUUCCGUUAUUCUGUGUUUCAAAACAGCUUGAAUAAAAGUUCAUACCACUUU